AUGAAUAUAGUCGACACCUCCGACGUUGGCAACAGCCGUCUAGACGACAACCUAGCCGUGGUGGAGCCACAGCAACCAGAACUCGAAGCCAACACCUACACCAGGCAUCUACAGCACUACUUGAGCGUAAUCACAGAAUACACAGAGGCAGCCAAGGGCAUACGUCUCCACCUCCUGCAGGUUGGUAGCGCCGUCAAAGAUGUCCAGAAGAGCAUCAAGGAAGUCGAGCCCCAUUGGUCGCCACACGUCAACAGGCUACUGCAAAAGCUCCAGUCUGCAAUCCACGAGUUUGAUCAAGCCUUUCAAGACCAGCUGCAAGCUAUCGAGAGGGGUAUAGAAGCUGAGACCGAGAUUCCAGCUCCAUUCAGGGCCAUGGCAGGUUCAUUGCACAAAGAACCACCCUCACCCGACUCCGUUCCGACCGCGAGCCCGCCGACCCUCUCAGAGCAGGCCGACAGCAUCGUGUUGGCAUGCAAACACAUGAGACUUCGCAUCAAGGAACACCGGGUGGCGUUUGUGCGCAUCCAGUUGGCACUCAAAAACGUCAACGGAGCCCUGGCAGAUUACAAGGAGGCUCGCGUGCGAUUCGACUGGAUCCGCUACUGGUGUAGCAUGGCGAUUCUCAGCGCCAUUUCCAUCAUCAUCCACAUCCCUCUUGCGGGCCUAGAGAUGGAUGCUUGGUGGAUGUGGCCUCUCUACGCCAUCUACAUUUGGGGCAGCCUCUUCAUAUUGGCGCAGAGGCUGGGUGGCGUGAUUUAG